AUGUUCCAUCAUUUAUCUCGAUGGAUAUCAUUUUAUGGUAUUUUUCUUGUACUAUUCGGCUAUUGUUUAAAGAUAUAUUACACAUUUCCAGUUUAUCAUAUUCCAAAGGUAUCAAUUAAAAACUUUUCUCGGAAAUUUGAUCAAAGGAUAAAACCAAUUAUAACAGGUCAUAUCUCUGACUCGCAUAUAUCUACAAAUCAUCCAAAAACAAUUAUAAGAUUAAACAAAAGCUUAAAUUUAUUCGAAAGAAUUAUAAAACCUUUAAUUGUAAUACUUAGUGGUGACUUAGCAGAUAACUAUUCACACGGUAAGCCACCAUGUUACUCAUUUCCACAUGAAAAAUAUUGGAAAUUAUACAAUGAGACUGUUCAUCAUUCAAAAAUCAAUCCGAAUAGAUUAUUUGAGAUAUACGGGAACCAUGAUCUGUUUGGCAUAGUUAAUUGGGAUAUUGAGAAAGUAUAUGCAUCACUAUACACAAGAACUAACAAUUCAAAUUUUCAUGCUUUUACAAUUACAAAGGACAAUGUACGAAUAAUAGGAUUUAUGCCAGUAGACUUUCCAUCUGGGCAUGGUCCACAGCAAUUUAUUGCAUCAAUGAAAAAAGAAUAUUUAGAUGAUCUUGAAAAUAAGCUCAAAAAACCUACAAAUGCCACUUACACUAUUGUAGUUACUCAUUAUACUCAUGAAUUGAUCUAUCCAAUCAGUGCAAAAUCUUCAUCUGGUUUAGAUUUCGAAAAUUUACUCAGUAAAUACAAUAUAUUUUGUUUAAUGAAUGGACAUACGCAUCCACAAAACAUAGAAGCAGUGCAUUAUGGUAAUUUCAUGGAGCUUACAGCCAUGAGUUUGAAAAGAAAUGAUACAUUCGCACUUUUGUCGAUUGAUAAUGAUAGGCUUAACUAUGAAAGCUUCAAUUUGAACGCAGACAUUUCGGAUGAUUUCGAGAACUACUCCAUAAUCACUUCUCCCACACCUCAAGAAUUGAAUGCCUAUAAUUUCAACGAUAUGCAAUUUCCGAUAAGGAUUGUUUCUUUCAGCUCUGACAAGAACAAGAAUUUCACUGUAAAAGGAGAUUUUAGCAGCCGUCUGAUGUUCCAAGAAUAUUUAGAAGAGAAUGUAAGUCUUUAUUCAUUGAUGGCAACAUUUGAACCAGGAAUAAGAAAAAUAGAAAUUGUUGGGGAUUUGAAUAAAUCUAUGACAUUUGCUGUUAAUUGCAAUUCAGGACCAUUUGUUGAGAAGCACACAUAUCUUUUCAAUCCUAAGUUAGGACCUAUCAGCUACCAAAUUUUCACGGUUUUCUUUUUGAUUGUUGUCCUUUCAAUGAAAUUCUUGAAAUCAAGGAAAAUAGAAAAAAUAUCUAUGUUUAUAUUUGAUUUCAACACUAAAAUGGAAAAUCUCGAUUUCAUCACACUAUUUAUGGCAGGUCCACUUAUAUUCGGAAAAUGUCUGAGCUAUCUCAGUUGCAAAAUCAAACUCUUUCUUUUCAUUAUCACAGUAUGGCCACUCUUUUUGCCAUUGAUGUUUUAUGAAACAGAUGGAAAGUUUUAUGCACUGUGGACAUUUGGCUACACAGUAGGAUUUUCCUUUGUAUUUGAUACUUUCUCUAUUUUAUGCAGCGCAAUGUAUGUAAUCUUCUAUUUGAGUUCGAUUUUCUUUUCAAUAUUUGUACUUUUAUCAAUGAAAAAGAAUGGAUUUUCCAUUUUCUAUCUUGUUGAUAUGAUGUUAAUUUCAAUUUUAAUGAAAAUCGGAUCGAAUUUUGUAUUUAAAUAUAUUGCGGAAAUAGGUUGGAAAUACUUUUGGUAUUUCUCUUUCCCAUAUUUUAUCUUUCCAAUAUUUGAGAUCAUUCUGCUACUCUCUACUUUGAGAGAAAAAGUAAAAUCUGAGUAA